AUGGCCUCUUCUGCUUUUCCGGUCUUACUAGACUGCGCUCGAGCUAUUGAAGUUGGGGAUCUGAAACUUGCCGAUUCACUGCUUGGAAGCUCUAGUUCGCGAGCGUACGGACUCCAUCCUGACUUUGCCUAUUUCAAAUUGCAGACGACUCCUCCAUUGUAUUUACGGUAUUGGGAUGGUAUUGAUGAAGGGAGUAUCGAUGAUGCCAUCAACAACACCGUGAUGGGAAAGAAGCGAGUGCACCUCAUUGAUUUCCGCAUACCACAUCUCUAUUACACUGAAGACUUGUUUGAUUUACUAACCGAUGCUUUUGACGAUCUCAUAUCAGUCCGUGUAAGUGUCAUAUUACCACCGUCUCUGAAAAAAUUUGUAAAUGUCCAAGAAGAAAAGGAUUAUAUCACUGAGGCGGUCGCGCAAUAUAAAUUUAAGUUGGAGAAGUUUGAAGUUGUUUACGCUAAUAGUUUGGAAGAAGUGGGUGAGUCUAUGUUGGAUUUCAGAAGAACAGAGGAUGAGGCUGUGGUCGUCUUCUAUUUCUUUAAACUCUCUAUGUUGCUGAGAGAGGCUGGAAUAUUGGAGAGAGAGUUGUUAAAGUUGAGGAAUAUAAACCCGGACUUUGUGAUAAUAAAAGAGUAUGCUGCUAAUCAUAAUCACUCCGAUUUCAUUAGACGCUUUGAGGACUCUUUUCAACAUUACUCCCAUGUUUUUGGUCUAGGUCUAGACAAUAAAGAAGAGAAUUGUUUAAGGCGACAUAUAAAUAAUAUAGUGGGAUGUGAAGGUAGGGAUAGAAUUGUGCGACACCAUACUUUGGAUCAGUGGCGAUCCCACUUGGAAACAAAUGGCUUUUUUCCAUUUCCACUCAAGAUGGACCAGAUUAGCAGGCUUAGUGAUUGCUAUCGUGAGGACAAUGGGUGUUUGGUUAGGAUCGAGGAGAAUUGCCCUCUAUAUUUCACAUCGGCAUGGAAACUCAAAGAUGGGGAGCAUCACUUCAAUCCAAUCGGCAAUAAUUUUGUUCAAGGGUUUCAAAUUAAAUCAAUUGGCUGCUUUGGCUGAGAUAUAUGACAUGUUAGAAGAGCUAUGUUCUGAAUAUGAGCUUGAAUUGGCUUUAACAUGGACUAGUGAGGCUAAUGUGAAUGGAAUUAGGUUCGAUCCAUACAAGAAACGUACUCUAUUCAUCCAAAGUACUUUUUGUUAUGGGAAAUUCUGAGUUUCUAACAGUU